AUGCUUCACAAGGAAGGACACAGCAAAAGACAUGUAAAGCACAUUGAGUUGCCAGCAGGUUACAAUUUAUUAUCCGAUGAAAUGCAAAAAUUGAAGGUUACAGGAGGCGCAUCUAUGGCAGGCUCACAGGAGGAUGGCAGCGGUUCUUUCUCAAUUCCGAAAGAAGGCCUACCUGAAAGCGUUGCAUUCAAUUUGCUGCAGAACGAAUUGACCCUGGACGGCAAUCCGCACUUGAAUCUGGCGAGUUUUGUGAAUACCACGACCACGGAAACCGCACAGCGGUUGAUUGCUGCAAAUAUCAACAAGAAUCUGGCCGACAAUGACGAGUAUCCUCAGAUGAUCGAGCUAUCGCAACGGUGCAUUUCCAUGCUGGCACGACUCUGGAAAUGCGGUCCCGAACAUACGGCACUUGGAUGUCCCACUACGGGGUCUAGUGAAGCCAUUAUGCUUGGAGGACUCGCCAUGAAGCGGCAAUGGGAGAAAAAAAUGCGGGAGGCCGGUAAGUCGACCGCGAAGCCCAAUAUCAUCAUGUCUUCUGCCGCUCAAGUGGCAUUGGAGAAAUUUGCUCGCUAUUUCGACGUCGAGUGCAGACUGGUGCCUGUGUCAAGUAAAUCACACCAUCGGUUAGAUCCGCUCGAGCUCUGGAAUUUUGCCGACGAGAACACCAUUGGGGUCUUCGUGAUCCUAGGUACCACAUACACGGGCCAUUUGGAAAACGUCGAAGAAGUGUCCGACGUUUUGGAUCAAAUCGAAAACCAGCAUCCGGACUGGAGCAACAAAAACAUUCCAAUCCAUGUGGACGGCGCUUCGGGCGGGUUCGUAGUGCCAUUUGCGUUCACGGAAGAACAAAUGCGGCGUUUCAAGCUUGCACGGUGGGGGUUUGACCAUCCACGCGUCGUGAGUAUCAACACUUCGGGUCACAAGUUUGGUCUUACAACGCCAGGCCUGGGCUGGGUCCUGUGGAAAGACGACAAUUACCUAUUGCCGGAACUAAGGUUCAAGUUGAAGUAUCUGGGUAGCAUCGAGGAAACGUUCAACCUGAAUUUCUCACGCCCCGGUUUCCAAGUGAUCCACCAGUAUUACAAUUUCUUGACGCUUGGGAAAAAGGGCUAUCGGGACGAAUUCAACGGGGCGCUUGUCGUGGCUCGUCUUUUCUGCCUGGAGCUGUUGCAGAACGUGCAGCUCAAGGACAUGUUCGAAGUGGUGAGCUCGAUCCACGAACGAUUCGACGGGGGCCGGAUCACGCUGGACACGAUCGUACGCGAACCCGAGGCGUUCAAACCCGGUGUGCCAUUAGUGGCGUUCAAACUGUCCAAAAAGUUCCAGGAGAGGUACCCGGAGAUCCCUCAGGCGUUACUCUCGUCGCUGCUGCGGGCCAACGGCUGGAUUAUCCCCAACUACCCGCUGCCGGCGUCGUCGGACGGUUCCGACAAGUGGGAAGUACUACGGAUCGUGUUCCGGUCGGAAAUGAGCGUGGACCUCGCGAACCUGCUGCUCAACCAUUUGCAGCAGGUGAUGCACAGGUUGACGCGGUGCUACGAGGCGUUGCCCGCGCAGUUGCAAGAAAAGGGCCGCGCGCGCGAAGAUAUGGUGCGUAACAUGCUGCUGACGCUUGCGACUCACGACGAGGACGAGGAAACGGGCGGUGAACACAAGAAGAACUACCGAGGCACCUGCUGA